UUAGCGCAUUAUACUUGUCAUCAUCAUCAUGUUUUCCAGUUCCAUGCGGUACAGCUGAUCCCCCUAUAAGUCACUCUCCCGAAAAACGUUUUGCCGGUGUCAUUCCGCUGCGCGUCCAGUUGGGGAGGAUGAGUUCCUCCUUAACUGUCAGCCGGCUGAUCUCAUUGUUGUCCAUAGCCGGCUCAUUGCUCAGUGUGUAUUACUGUGUGGGUCAUGUGGACGCCACCAGCUUCGACGACCAAGUACGCGUAUUUUUCUUUCAUCACAUAGCCCCCAUUGAGUCAUUAGAUAAUCAGUGCGCCGGACCGGAUACGCAGUCUGGUAUACGCGGGGUUAUGUCGGCAUCCCGCAGUCGGGGCAAGAGUAUUCGAUGCCGGUGGAAUAUUACCGUCAAACAAGGCAAUAAUAUAGAGUUCCGUUUUGAACAAAACUCAGUAUUCAGUGCGCCUGGACAGUCGCAAAUUGAUUGUACACGGGAAUGGGUGGCCUUAUAUGAUGGUACCAAGUUGGAUGGCAAAGUGGAUGCUAAAAAGUCGGCUUCAAAGGACUCUGUGGAACCUAUCGCAAAAUUUUGCCAAGGAGCAACACCGACAGUUUUUCUGUUCGAGGGCAACAAUGCCGUCAUAGAAGUAUGCUCCUUCAGGCGCAAUGCGGCGUCCAGUGGUCCGUCCACUCCGUUCGCUAGGAUAUCGUGGAUGGUCAGCGAGACGUUGUUUCUUAGUCGAACGUGUGGCCAGGAAUUCAAUUCGGCUACCUUUAAAAGGGGCUUCGUUACGUCCCCGGGAUUCGGUGAGCGCAACUAUCCGGACAAUGUGGUGGACUGUGAUUUCAACUUCAACGCACCAGCCGGUAUGGUCGUGCGCUUCAACUCGGAGAGUUUCAAUUUAGAGGCUGGUGACCGAAACGGACGAUGUGCAUUUGACUCAUUAACAUUAUUGGAGCGAGUGUCCACCGGCGACUACAAGGAAGUGGCCUGGUUUUGUGGGAAGAAUGGGCCGCAGAUGUUGACAACCACGAAAGGAACGGUACGGCUGCGCUUUAAAUCCGAUCCAACAUACAACGAAAAGGGUUUCAAUGUCACGUGGGAAUUCACCCCACCGCAGCCGAAUACGCUUAAGUGUGGCCGACCACCGAUUGCUCCGUUACUGGCGUCAUCCGGUCAACUCGGCAGCAUCGUCGGGGGAAGUGAAGCGCGUCCAUUUUCCUGGCCCUGGCAGGUUGCUAUUCUUACCCGUGGCUCGGACCGAGUAUUUUGCGGAGGAACAUUGGUGGCUCCGAACUGGGUGCUGUCGGCGGCACACUGUUACUACCCAGUUUUAGCAACUUCCGCUCACCAGUAUGAAGUAAGAAUUGGUGAGCAUGACUUAUCAGUCAAAGAAGGAACAGAGCUAAUUACCGGAAUCACGAAGAUCAUCAUCCACGAAAAAUUUAGUCCAGAUACAGUCGACAGUGAUUUAGCUUUGAUAAAAAUUGACAAGACAGUGUCCAACUUAAAUAACGACGAUACUAAACGAUUUGCCUGCCUGUCCAAAGAUACUUUCCUACCUCCCGGAACCAUGUGUUACAUCACUGGAUGGGGAGAGACAUUCCCAACUGAAGGAAGCAAAAACGGAUUUGCCGGAUUCAAGUUUUCUUUCGUGAACUUUUCGGCACCCCUCAGCAUGGGAAGUGGCAAUGGCGAUGCCAAUACCGAGGAUAAACAACAGAGAAACUUUAUCCCUGCUAAUCCCCGAGAUCGGUUGCGGCAGGCCACCGUGCCUAUUAUUGAUGAUGUUAUGUGCCGCAACUUGUUCCCGGGUGCGAUUACGGAUAACAUGUUUUGUGCCGGAUAUCGCGAAGGUGGCAUCGAUGCUUGCCAAGGAGAUUCCGGAGGUCCGUUAGUGUGUCUCAUGGUGGAUGGUUCGUUCGACUUGAUGGGAGUAACUAGUUGGGGAUUCGGAUGUGCACAACCAAAGCUACCUGGAGUAUAUGUCAGAGUGGGCAGAUACCGGAAAUGGAUCGAAGAUACUAUUGCAGCAAAUCCUUGACCCUCCAGAUAAAUAUCUGUGAUAAAAUUGUCGGGAGAGAUCUACGGACAGCUUUUAUGAAAAUAUAAUUUUGAUGCUAGAUUAUAACUGUUGGGUAAACGGAAAAACGAAAGACGGUUUUUUCCGAUAUAAAUGUAAUCUAUGUAUGUACGUAUGUUGUGUUGAUUUUUCGGUUGCUGUUUAAUGUUUCCGUUGAUCUGGGUGGAAUAAACCGA